UUCACGCUUCCUGUGGCGCGCUCUGAUGACGUCACGGUGAAGUUCCAUCGUGGGACAGACAUGGCAGCCUCCAUAUCACAGCAGCUCGAAGAUUUGUUAAAUCCUUUACCAAACUUCGUGGAUCCAGAGGACGACCAAGAUGAAGAGACGAAAGCCAAAGUCAUAGAGAAGUUUGAUGAAGGUGGUGAUGAUGAUGAUGAAGCGCCUUUAUCUGGCCAUCUGCGGAAGCGCUCUUCUGUAAUUCUGACUGAUGGUGAUCGACGAUAUCGUGGCAAGGCUACAUCCAGAAAAGAUCUACAGAAAGAGUUGGAUGGAUUAGGUGAUGAUGAUGAUGAUGAUGAAGAAAAUGGAAUGCUGGACAAGUACAUGGAUUGCAUAAAAGAUGAUGAGGAUGAGGAUGAAGACGACAUUGAUGAUGACGAUGAUGAUGAUGAUGAUGAUCAGGAAGAUGAAAAAGAACAAGGCGAUGAUGAGGAGGAUCUUAAUGCAGAUGAUGGCUCACAGAUGUCCAGCUUAGUCUCUAAAAUGAAGAGCACAGACCUUAUGAAACUCACAGAGGGAAUGGAUGAUCUGGGAGAAAGUGAGGAAGAUGAAGAAUCAGCUGACAGUGAAGGAGAGAGUGAGGAAGGCUCUGAGGACGAGGAGGAAGAUGAAGAGGAGGAAACAGCCUUGAAGACCUUCUCUAAAGAGAAAGUUGAUGAAGAGGUUGAAAAGGGGAAAGCCGUGAAAAAUCAGCUUGCUCUUUGGGACCAGAUGCUUGAAAGGCGAAUCAAAAUGCAGAAAGCUCUUGUGACGGCCAAUCAGCUUCCACAGCCACAGACAUUCCCAGAGUUCAAGAGCAGGGGAGGGACUGAGUAUGCUGACGCUUUAAAAAAUAGUCAUAAAGCCCUAAAGGCUCUACAGAGGUCUCUGCUGGAGCUCCAAGAUCAGCUGCUCUACCAAAACCCUGAAACCAGAGUCAUCUCUCAGGGAAAGACAUGGGGAGCAAGCAGCAGUGUUAAAGAUAAUGAAGAGAUUGACAGUGAGAAUGAGAUGGAAACUGGGGAUGAUGGCCAAGUGGAAGAACAGGAAGCAGUGCGAAAUGGACCCCCCAAGCGAAAACUGGAAAUGGCAGAGUAUCCCAACUUUAUGGCCAAACGAUUUGCUGCCUUUCUGCCUUACCGUGAUGCCACCCUGCAGAAAUGGUACGACAAGACGCGACUCACAACGGGCAAGAGCAAAAAGGGUUUUGGAGCAUUUGACAGGAACAUUCUUACACAGGUGGAGCAGGUUUUAAUGGACAAAGAGAGGCUGGUGAGACGUACACAGACGCGCAGGUCUGAAUACAGAGUUCUGGGGAAGCCGGAGCCCAUCACGCCUGAAAUAGACAGCAGCAUCACAGAGGGAGAGGCAGCUGAACUGGCACUGAAAUCUAACAUACACCUUAAAGAUCUGGACGAGGAGAUUUUUGAUGAUGAUGACUUUUACCACCAGCUGCUUCGAGAGCUUAUUGAGCGCAAAACAAGUGCGACAGACCCCAAUGAUCAAGUGGCCAUGGGAAAGCAGUGGCUUGCCAUCCAGAAACUACGUAGUAAAAUCAAGAAGAAGGUGGACACCAAAGCCAGCAAAGGCAGGAAGGUCAGGUUUCAUGUUCACAGUAAGCUGAUGAAUUUCAUGGCUCCAAUAGACAACAGCAGCAUGAGUGAUGAGGCCCGGUCUGAACUGUUUCGUUCCCUGUUUGCGAAUGAUCCAGUGAUGGCACGCUGACUGAAACAUCGGCCUAACAUGCUUAAACUUCAGUGUAAUGUAAGAAUCGACUGUGAAACCCACACUGAGGGGACUGAAUGAGAGAAUGAUUGAUGAAUUGAUAAAUCAAUGGAAGUGUGCUCCUGGAUCCUUCUGUCAUCCAUUUGAUGUCUCUCAGGACUGAAGAAUAGCAUGAAGACAAGCACCGAUUAUUUGUUGGUAGAAACUCACCAAUACUUAGGAUUUCAUCUCAGGCAGCUGUCUUUUGCACACUUUUAAUGUGUAUUAUUCCCAUCCUCUCUGAUCCUUAGAAUUUAAGGGGCUGUUGUUUUUUAUGUAUGUAUGUAUGUAUAGAUUUCAUAAAUAUUUCAGAGAGGAGCAAAGUCUCACAUAAACUUACCACUGGGGUACCUCAGGGUUCGGUGCUUGGCCCUUUUGUACAGCGUAUUAUAAAAAGUCCUGUAUUCUAUGAUAUGACCUGGUACAUGUAUUUAAGAAAGAGUCACAAAAAGUAAACAUAAUUUAACAUAAGAAUUUGAGUUUAUUCAGUUAUUUUUUUUUAGAGGCAAACACAGUAAACAGGAAAUCCUCAAUUUUGACAAUGGAGACAGCUUUUGAUCUCUUCAGUAACAUGUUUCGCAACACUUAUAGACACAUGAGACAUUCCACCAACUGUUAGGGUGACAGCAUGUCACAAUGUUCACCUUCCAUCGAAUCAAAUAGUAGUGCUAGCAUUAGAGUGGCAGUCUUUUUUUCUUCAGUAGUGGAGACAACCAUCAUGAGACACUGGCAUACGUAAUGUUUUUUUAGAUCCUCAGUGUAGAUUGUGCAUAAUACUACAUUCACUUUGCUUAAGUAUCCUCUGCCACCUCAAAUGUUUUCAUAUAAUAUAUUUCUGCACUGCACUCUUCCAGAAUAUAUGUUGUAAUAAUCAUGUUCUAGUUACAGACUUACUUUACAGUGUACCAUGUUGAAUUACAGUGUGCAGCACUUAGAUCAAUUAGACAAGUUUAAGUUAUCAAUGUCUUCUCAGCAUUUAAUUAUCUAUGCUAAAAAAAAAAUAGAUGUCAUAAGUCAAUACCAGUGGAUAAACAAACAACAACAAAAAAACAAACAACUAAAAAUAACCUUUUUUUGGUUAAGCCACAAGGGAAUGAAUCAAGCGCAGUCAUAAUCUGGUCUGGUCAUACGGCUCAAUCAACCAUCCUGCAUCUGAAUAAUACCACGUCUACAGAGCGAUAGCGUGAUGCAACAAAAUACAGGUACAUCACUACCGAAUGCAGGAUGUGACCGCUUAACUCUCAGUGUGGACUUGUGUUAUCACCUGACAGUUGUAGGUGAGUGUUUAAAGUUGAUUUUUAAGUUGCAAAGUUCUCUCUUAAAUAUUAAUCUUCUGCCUUU